AUGAGUGUCGUUGCAGAAGAUAUCACACUACCAGACGCGACUCUCGAGUCUCUAUACCCCCUCUUCCAGCAAUGCGAUGACCGUCCCACCAAGCGGCGCAAGACGACCAAGCGGGGCGGCCCAAGGAGUCUGACACAAGAAAAUGGGGUGUCAAUGACAGGAGUACCUCUGGGCUACAUUCCAUUAGCACGGUUGACAAUCUGCAUAAAACCCAGCAGGCACGAAUACAAAAGGCCUCAUGCCCCAAAUUUCUCCACCUCCCGCGUUCCAAUACUCAUAAAUGUUCGAAGCGUUCAGUUUCUCGAUGAAGAUCUGGACACUACGCCACAGCCAGAGUCGGCCGAUGGCGGUCCCAAUUAUAUGGAGCUGGAACUAUCUAGUCUCGAUGAAGAAAAAUUGCUAUUAUAUCCGUGCAAGGAUUUGAGGCUAUUUGAUCUCCUCAGGGAACUUCAGGCCGCCAGCAAACUUGCUCACGUGGAUCAGUUCUUCAAAGAUGUACCUACUUCCUGCUACCAGGCGCACCUACGUGCCUUACCAGAUGGAGCAAGCUUUACUCUCGAAACGGUUGUUCUUUGGAGGGAUUCUAUUAAAGCACCGGGUUUGAACCGCUUGGGGAAAGCAGACCUGGAAGCCUUUACAAGAUAUGUGCUGCAGGAAAAAUGUGUUCGCCCGUCUGUGUUGACAGACCUGCGCAAAUCACGCGAUGAAAUGCUCGGAACCGUCCAAAAAUGGUCUCCCCGAGAAUUCUACAAGAAUGUUCACGUUCCCAAGGCUACGGAAAGUUCGACUAAUAUCAUAUGCCCUGAUUUGAAAUGCAAGCUAUUCCCAUUCCAGAGAAGAGCUGUUCGCUGGCUUUUACAAAGAGAAGGAAGAGAAGUCGGGCCAAACGGUGAAAUAAUUCCCGUUAGAGAACGUCCAAAAAGUGACCUGCCAGUGUCUUUCAAUUCCACAAGAGAUGCCGAUGGACAGGUCUACUACUUCAGUCAUCUUUUCAUGGUUCUGACAACGGAUCUUUCCGAGUGGCGCGAUGCCGCAGAUAAUCUGAAAGGCGGAAUACUGGCAGAGGAAAUGGGGCUGGGCAAAACAGUCGAAGUGAUUGCGUUGAUAAGUCUGAAUAAGCGAGAAGAACAUGUCGAAGCUGAUCCCGGCGGGUUGAAACAUAUUGGUGCCACUUUGAUCAUCACACCACCCGCGAUUCUUGAACAAUGGAAACAAGAGUUGAAAGAUCAUGCUCCCACUCUUCGUGUUCAUCAUUACACUGGCAUCAAGCAUUGGAGAGAAGCAACUGACGAUAUGAUGGUCAAAGAGCUUGCCAAGUCCGAUGUUGUUCUGACCACCUACAAUGUCAUCGCGAAAGAAAUUUACUAUGCGAAUGAAGCUCCACAGCGAGCUCUACGGCACGAAAAGCGAUUUGAACAGAGGAGGACACCCCUCAUUCGCCUCUCAUGGUGGCGUGUAUGUCUGGAUGAGGCUCAGAUGAUUGAGAGUGGAGUCAGCAAUGCAGCGAAAGUAGCUCGCUUGAUCCCUCGAGAGAAUGCUUGGGUUGUGACUGGUACCCCACUGCGCAGAGACAUAGACGACCUGUUUGGUCUCUUAAUCUUUCUUCAUUAUGAGCCUUUCUGCUUCUCCGCCCCUUUGUGGAAACGGUUGUGUCUGUUUUUCGGGCCAGUCUUGGCAAAAAUCAUCAACACAAUCGCUCUUCGGCAUAGCAAAGGUCAGCUAUUGGAUGAGAUUCGCCUACCACCUCAAAAGCGCAUUGUGAUCACUACUCCAUUUCCAGCUGUAGAAGAACAGAGGUACGGUCAGCUUUUUGAGAAAAUGUGUGAAGAAUGCGGUUUGGACGCCUCGGGAGCCCCCCUUGGAGGCAAUUGGGACCCCGAAGACCCUGUAGUUGUCGAAAAAAUGCGUACCUGGCUAACAAGACUCCGCCAAUCGUGCCUCUAUCCUGACGUUUUUCUGCCUCAACAUCGAAUGUUAGGCUCCGGCUCUUUGCGAACUGUGGCUCACGUUCUGGAAGCCAUGACUGAGGCCAACGAGGCAGCUAUACGUACGGAAGAACGAUCGCUCCUGUUAUCUCAGCUUCGACGAGGCCAGCUUCUAGAAAAUGCAAAACGCCGCCAAGAAGCCCUCGUCAUUUGGCAGGAAGUAUUGAACUAUGCCACUCGGCUAGUUGAAGACAGCAGAGAGCAACUGCGCCUAGUGAAGACCAAAGGCGCUGCCGACGACAAAGACCAGGAUAUUCAGGAUGAGGAUGAGGACGAAGAGGACGAAGAGGCAGACAAGAACAGCCGCCUCGGUCAGUGUCGACUGAAGCUUCGAGCUGCACUCGAGGUCCAGCAUAUUGCAGUGUUCUUCACUGCGAACGCAUAUUACCAAAUCAAGAGCGAUACAAAUUUAACACAGCCAGAUUCGGAUGAGUUUAGAGCGCUUGAGAAACUUGAAGAUGAGUCCUAUGAGGCUGCAAAAGCCAUUCGGAAAGAGAUGUUGACUGAUAUCUCCCGGAAAGUCGAGCGCUACAUGAAAGAAAUCAAGAUUAAGGCACGAGACAAGAAAUUUGUGAUCAUCCCGAAAAUGGUUCCCCAUCUCUACAGCAAAGGAAUCGAGUCAUACAAUCUGCUCACCAAAUUUGAAGAUCUUUGUGACGCUCUUAACAAGCAUGCUGAGCAAUACAAGAAAUGGCGAGAUGUCAUGGUCGGACUGGUCUCUCAGGCGCUUAUUGACCAGGAAGAAGAUGCAAAGCUAGAGGGUGAUGAGUAUGAGCGGUCAACAAGACAUCAAGAUGAGAUGUACGUCUACAUGGAGGCUUUGAGGUCAAUGUACAGCGACCGUCAUGACGCUCUCACUGGUCAAAAGAAUACUCUCAUUUCCCACGAAACCAAAGCCGGAAUCGUCCAGGCCCAACGAGGUGAGGGGCCCUCUCCGCAACUAUUUCUGAAGAUCAUGGAAACUCGCAGUCAGCUUAUGCCUGAUCCUGAUCUUGGAUCGCUCCGCGGUAUUGUCAGUGAGCUUCGCAAACUUAUAACAUCGCUGGAGUGGCAAGCCACUUCGGGCAAUUCGCGUGCUCGUGCUGAACAUAAGAUCGUCGAAAUGGUUCUGAAAAACGCCGGUCAAAUGAUCGCUGAGCAACUGAAAGUAUCGGUCAAAAUGAGUAGAGAAAUUGCAACUUUCCGCGAUACCAUGAACAAUCGACUGGAGUAUUAUCGUCACAUGCAGCAGAUUUCAGAUACGGUGGCCCCAUACGAUGAGGAAAGUGCAGGCAAGCCGCUAGAUGAAUCUUCUUUUACCCUGAUGUUGGAGCAAGAGGGUAUUAUCGAAGCAAAUAUUGCUUCUCUCAAGUCUAAAGCAAGAUAUCUCCUUCACCUAAGAGAUGAUGCUAGCUCUGACAGUAAUGUUCGAGAAUGCAUUAUCUGCCAAUCGACCUUCGAAGUUGGUGUGUUGACUGUGUGCGGUCACAAAUACUGUACUAUCUGCUUGCGACUAUGGUGGGCUCAACACAAAAAUUGCCCGAUGUGCAAGAGGAAAUUGGUGCGUAAUGAUCUCCAUCAGAUCACCUACAAGCCACAGGAGCUAGUUGUACAAGAGGAAAAGACAUUUGUCGAAUUAGACCAUGAGGGUCAUUCCGAGAAUGCGAUCUACAGUGACAUCAGCUCCGGCCAUCUCAAUGAGAUCAAGAAAAUUGAGUUGGAGGAAUCUUACGGGACAAAGAUGGACACUUUAGCUCAACACAUCCUAUGGCUGCGGGAACACGACCCUGGCGCAAAAUCGGUCAUUUUCUCUCAAUACGGGAAUUUCUUGUCGAGGUUACAAAGCGUAUUCCAAAGCUCUGGAAUAGUCAGCACCAGUAUUGACUCUCCGGGUGGCAUUGAGAAAUUCAAAUCAGACCCGGCUAUUGAGUGCUUUUGUUUGCAUGGCAAAGCACAAUCAUCCGGACUGAAUUUGACCGUUGCAACCCAUGUCUUUUUAUGCGAGCCACUCAUCAACACUGCCAUCGAGCUCCAGGCAAUUGCUCGAGUGCAUCGCAUUGGCCAAAAUAGACCAACAACAGUAUGGAUGUACCUUAUCUCCGGCACGGUGGAAGAAUCCAUCUAUGAGAUCUCAGUAACCCGACGCCUGGCCCACAUCAUGGAGAAAGAGAAGCAAGUCAAAACAGCACUCUUGACAUCUCCUGCUGAUGGCGAUAAUGUUACUGAAGCGGCUAUUGAAUCUGCAAACUCGAUGGAACUAGAAGAUGCCACUCUCGCAAACCUGAUGCAACGCGGCGACGUGGGUGAGAUGGUGAAGAAGGAUGACCUUUGGCAAUGUCUGUUUGGCAAUGUCAAGCGGAAGGAUGACUGUAGUACUUCGGCUGAGGCAGAAAGGGAGAUUGGUCGGUUCUUGAGAGGCGAAGCUGCUGAUCAAAGAAUGGAGGAUUUGAGAGACAGACUCCCACUUUGA